AGUUCGGAGCCGAGGAGGCAUGUGAGCGGGGAGCCGGCGGGGCCGCGGGACUACGCGAGCGCCGGGAUGGGGCAGCAGGUGGGCCGCGUCGGGGAGGCGCCGGGGCUGCCGCCGCCCCAAGCCCGCGGGACCCGGGGCAGCAGCAACAGCGCAGCCAGGCCCUGCGGCCGCCGGCGGGACCUGGCGGGGCGCCCCGCCGACGCGGGCUUCAAUAUCUUCACGCAGCACGAGGCUCUGCACCACCCCUUUGGUUGUGAUGUGGAGCCACAGGCCCUGACUGAAGCCAUCCGAUGGAGCUCCAAGGAGAACCUGCUGGGUGCCGCGGAGACCGACCCUAACCUGUUUGUGGCACUUUACGACUUUGUCGCCAGUGGUGACAACACACUCAGUAUCACUAAAGGCGAGAAGCUUCGAGUGCUCGGCUACAACCAGAAUGGUGAGUGGAGUGAGGUCCGCUCCAAGAACGGCCAGGGCUGGGUGCCCAGCAACUACAUCACGCCCGUAAACAGCCUGGAGAAGCACUCGUGGUACCAUGGGCCAGUGUCCCGAAGCGCUGCUGAGUACCUGCUCAGCAGCCUCAUCAACGGCAGCUUUCUGGUGCGUGAGAGCGAGAGCAGCCCGGGCCAAUUGUCCAUUUCCCUGCGAUACGAGGGCCGAGUCUACCACUACCGCAUUAACACUGCUGCCGAUGGCAAGGUCUACGUGACAUCUGAGAGCCGCUUCAGUGCCCUGGCCGAGCUGGUCCACCAUCACUCUACGGUGGCUGAUGGCCUGGUGACCACCCUGCACUACCCUGCACCCAAGUGCAACAAGCCUACAGUCUAUGGGGUGUCCCCAAUCCACGACAAGUGGGAGAUGGAGCGCACCGACAUCACCAUGAAGCACAAGCUGGGCGGUGGCCAGUACGGCGAGGUGUACGUGGGCUUGUGGAAGAAGUACAGCCUCACUGUGGCCGUCAAGACCCUCAAGGAAGAUACCAUGGAGGUGGAGGAGUUUCUCAAGGAGGCUGCGGUAAUGAAGGAGAUCAAGCACCCCAACUUGGUCCAGCUCUUAGGUGUGUGCACGCUGGAGCCGCCGUUCUACAUCGUGACUGAGUAUAUGCCCUAUGGGAACCUACUUGACUACCUGCGUGAGUGCAGCCGUGACGAGGUCACGGCCGUGGUGCUGCUCUACAUGGCCACACAGAUCUCCUCGGCCAUGGAAUAUCUGGAGAAGAAGAACUUCAUCCAUAGGGACCUUGCGGCUCGGAACUGCCUGGUGGGUGAGAACCACGUGGUCAAAGUAGCUGACUUCGGCCUGAGCAGGCUAAUGACAGGGGACACAUACACGGCUCAUGCAGGUGCCAAGUUCCCCAUCAAGUGGACGGCGCCCGAGAGCCUGGCUUACAACACUUUCUCCAUCAAGUCUGACGUCUGGGCUUUUGGGGUACUAUUGUGGGAAAUUGCUACCUAUGGAAUGUCUCCAUAUCCGGGCAUCGACCUGUCCCAAGUCUAUGACCUCCUGGAGAAAGGGUACCGGAUGGAACAGCCGGAAGGGUGUCCCCCAAAGGUCUACGAACUCAUGAGAGCCUGUUGGCAGUGGAGCCCUGCGGACAGGCCCUCAUUUGCGGAGACACAUCAGGCGUUUGAGACCAUGUUCCACGAUUCCAGCAUCUCUGAAGAGGUGGCAGAGGAGCUGGGCAGGGCUGCAUCUUCGUCCUCCAUCGUCCCCUACCUACCCCGGCUGCCGCUGCUGCCAUCCAAGAUGCGGACGCUGAAGAAGCAGAUAGAGAACAAGGAGAACAUUGAGGGGCCACCGGAUGGCAGUGAGACCUCGGCUUCUGGCUCGGCCCCAGGGCCCCUGCGAAGCGUGCAGGCCCCCGGUGGCUCUCCAGCACUGCCCCGGAAGCAGCGGGACAAGUCCCCAAAUGACUGCCUGGAGGACCCCCGUGAGCCAUGCUUCACACGGGACCGAAAGGGUGGUUUCUUCAGCUCAUUCAUGAAGAAGCGCAGCGCACCUGCACCACCCAAGCGCAGCAGCUCAUUCCGUGAGAUGGAGAACCAGCCACACAAGCGCUAUGAGCUGGCGGCUGGCUGCGGGCCCCCAGACGGGGCGCCCCUGACGCCCGCACAGCCUGAUGCUGCCCCAGGGCCCCGGGGCCUCUCUGCCAGCGAAGACACGGGAGGGAGUGCUGCAACAGCGGCAGCUGCGGGGGGGUGGUCUGGCCUUUCGGGCUUCUUUACCCCACGCCUCAUCAAGAAGACUCUGGGCCUGCGGGCCGGGAAGCCAGCGGCCAGCGAGGACACAGCCAAGCCCUUCCCGCGCUCCAACUCCACAUCAUCCAUGUCCUCGGGCCUCCCAGAGCAGGACCGGAUGGCCAUGACACUGCCCCGCAACUGCCAGCGUGCCCGGUUGCAGUUAGACCGGACCGUGGCGGUCACCACACAACCUGAGGACUGCCCUGACCGGGCCAGUGAUGCGCCGCCCAGGAGAGCUGAGGCUGGUGUGGUCCCUACCCGGGACCGUUCCCGAGCCAAACUGCUGCACCGUGGGGCCACUGAGAAGGACCCACCUGCUGGGCUCCCAAAGGCCAAGGAGCGGAACGGUGCACGCCCUGGCCCCGAGGAUGGUGAGCCAGUGGGCUGGGCCCCCUCAGGCACCACGCACAGUCACAAGGUGCCAGUCCUCAUCUCACCCACACUGAAGCACAGCCCGGCCGACGUGCAGCUCAUUGGAACCGACUCUCAGGGGAACAAGUUCAAGCUCUUGUCUGAGCACCAGGCUGCUGCCACUGCCACCUCCGGGGACAAGGACCGACCCCGGCGGGUGAAACCAAAGUGUGCCCCGCCGCCCCCGCCUGUGAUGAGGCUGGAGGAGCCAGCAGCCCCUGCCACAGCUGAGGUCCCAGAAUCAGGGAGGAGGCCAGGGCCUGCGGCAGGCAAAGCCGGGCGGCCAGCCCUGCCACCACCGCAAGUGCCUCUGCCUGCCCCAACCGUGUCACCUGCAAAGAUGGCCAACGGCACGGCGGGGACUAAGGUGACACUGAGGAAGACGCGGCCGGUGGCAGAAAAGGUGCCGGCCGAGAAGAUCAGCAAGGAGGCCCUGCUGGAGUGCGCGGACUUACUAUCCAGUGCCAUCGCCGAGCCCCUGCCCAACAGCCAGCUGGUCGACACAGGCCACCAGCUGCUUGGGUACUGCUCAGGCUAUGUGGACUGUAUCCCCCAGACCCGCAACAAGUUCGCCUUUCGUGAGGCUGUGAGCAAACUGGAGCUGAGCCUGCAGGAGUUGCAGGUGUCGCCAGCUGCUGCUGGGGAUGCUGGGGCCAACCCGGUGCUCAGCCACUUACUGUCGUGUGUGCAGGAGAUCAGUGACGUAGUACAGAGGUAGCCGCCGGCUGCUGUGUUCUUGUCCUCAUGAGGAGAGGCUGACUCGCGAGUGUGUCUGCGUGAAGUACCUCGGGCCCCUGUGUCCCCAAGUUUACAGGUUCAUCUCAGAAAAGGCUAAAAAGCAGACCCCAGUGCGGUGGCAAAACUAGGAACUGGGGGGCAGCAUGCUCAUAGGGCCAGAUUGGAAACUGGGAGCACCUCAGGGAGCAUAGCAUGGUGGGGCGGUGGCUCCAGCGAGCACCUUGGCUGCUAUCCUGCCUGUCCAGCUCACCUGGAACAUGGGAGGGAGCAGGGAAGGUGCCAGAGACAGUUCCCACCACUGAGCAAGGUCAUGGCCAAGGUCACACCACUGUCGGGAUGCUGGCACACAGGCUGGGCCAUGGGGCUGGGGUAGGGAAACGCAUGUCCUGUUUCCUGGGGUGCCCCUUAGUGCGGCAAGUGAGGGUUUGGGAGACACAGAGCACAGGAAGCGACUCCAUCUGCUGGUGGGUGAGGCCCAGCCCCCAGCUAUUGCAUGUCCCGGGCAUUGGGCCCAGUUUGCUGCUUGUGGCACCAUCAUGCCCUCCUCAGGGCUCUCCCGGCCCCUCCUCCUGCUGGCUAUUUUAAGGCACCUCCCUCCUGGGCUCCCCUGCCACCUCUUGCAAGUAGACACCCUGACCCAUCCCAGGGCCUGUUCUCUGGCAUGUGGAGCACCCACUCUCACACCUGCCUCCUCCCACUUCCUCUCUGCCGCCCAUGAGCUGUUUUGGAAAGAUCCAAUCAGGAACAUUCUAUGUUAUUUAUUCUGUUAUUCUGCCUGUUUUGAGGACCGUGUGCCUGGAAGAGCAACUGGAUUCGGGGCACACGGGAGUGUGAGGGACCAGAGCCCUGAGCCUCCAAUCUGUGUCCAUCUUGAACAGCCUGUCCCCUCCACUGCUCAAUUACAGCUCCACCACAUCUAACUGGCUUGAUAUUAAGUGUGGACAUCAGACCAAGUUCUCAGUGAUUACUCCAUUUUCUCUAAUGCUUUGGGAUAUGUCAUUCUCCCAAAGGGCCUUUGGGGGAGCUGCAGGUUGGUGAGCAGUUAAGCGUCUCCAGACCAUCCUCAUUUCUAUCUCUCUGUGAGGCAGUGAGUGGAGGUGAAAGGAGCUCUGUCCCGUCCCGUCCCGCUCCUCUAUGCUGCGCUGCUGUUCCAGUGAGUAGCAGUUGUUUCUUUUUGGCUUUGAGGUUGACCAGGCAUUGGGAAGGCAGGCAGGCAGGCAUACAGGGGUCACUUCUGGCAUCAGGGACCCAGGAAGUGACUUUUCUAUUAGGAAGGAAGGAAAGAGCCACAGAAGGUACUAUGCUGAACCUCGUGUCCUGCUGGGUCACACUUCUCCCCUUGCUCCCUGCAUGAUGAUAUAAUCUUGUGGGAGAGAAGUAGGGGCCUGUUCAUCUGUCCCUCUGAGUUAUGUUUCCAACUCAGACCCUCCUGUCCCUUCCCCUUGCCCCUCCAGAAACUUGAACCCAUUUUAGUUGCUGCCUCUGAGAUCGGGCUGGGUCCAGCUAGAACUUCCCAUGUGGGAGGAUCCCUGGCACUGCAGGCCACACGUGGAGGGGAUCGAAGCUCUUCAGGGGCCUCUAUUUGGGACGCCAGGAUCUGUCCUGCUGCCAAGUGAAUUCACACUUCCUGCUGCCCUGGGGUGCAGCUGCGAGGGGUCUUAACUCAGGGGCCGCUACACUGG